AUGACAACAAAAUCUAAGCCCACAGUUGAACAUUACCGGCAAGGUUAUCCUCGGCUUGCGGCCUUCCUCAACCUUGAUCCAAAUUUCACCAUCUUCAGGCGUUUUGAUACCCUACAUCUGCGAGUCUUACUGGAGCAACAAGAUCGAUUAUGCGAGCUGCAACAACAGCUUGAAGACUGUGACGAUGCAGAGACAGUUCAACUGAAUCUCAGCAGCCGACGUCAAGACGACAAUAUGACACGACGAAAUAUCCUGCAGCAAGUUGCAACAGAGCUGAAAGACUAUGAUAAAGGCGUGCUUAGGUUCCACCGCAUGAUUGCUCUACCGCGAGCGCGCAAAAGGCAUCGCCGCAGCGUUCACAAUUGGGUGAACGGAAACAAGCCAGUCGUGAGGUCGGAAAGUGCAUCUCUCAUUGCGGCUCCCAGUGCUAAGGACUACAUUGCCUUGUACGCGGAAGACUCCGAUAGAGCUGGUUUUGAGCUGUUUUUUGAUCGCGUGGUGCAGUCAUAUCCACGCUUGGCGAGUUAUGUUUCACAUGGCAUGGCUAAAACGAGCGACCGCAAUGUAUUUAUACUACGACGAAAUUUAUACGGAAGAGUGAUAAAAUGCCUGGUGGCUUUGUCUAUUCCCACUGGAAUUAUAUUCCCCAUGCUUCUUCUGUACCGGUUCGAGAAAAGUGGAAGUCGCUCUGCCAUUUCCGCUAUAUUCGUCCUGAUAGCGUCCUUCGCGAUUUGCUUCAUGACGAAGGUCACCAAAUACAAUCUUCUCCUGGCGGUAGUAGGAUAUGCUGCCGUGCUUUCCGCAUUUCUUUCAAAUCCAGGACCUAUCUAG